CCAUGUUUUCAUCAUCCAUCAAGUGUUGUAUUACAACUCAGCAUAUAUUCACUAAUACUAUACUAUGAUGAGAGCAAGGGUUCCACUUCUACUGUUGCUGGGAAUUCUUUUCCUGGCAUCAGUUUCUGUUUCCUUCGGCAUUGUACACCACGAGCACCAAGAAAGCCAACAAGAGUCACGAGAACAAAAUAACCCCUUCUACUUCAGCUCCGAUAGGUGGUUCCACACUCUAUUCAAAAACCAAUAUGGUCAUCUCCGGGUCCUCCAGAGGUUCGACCAACGUACGAAACAAAUUCAGAAUCUUGAAAACUACCGUGUUGUAGAGUUCAAGUCCAAACCCAACACCCUCCUCCUUCCUCACCAUGCUGAUGCCGAUUUCCUCCUAGUUGUCCUUAAUGGAAGAGCCAUACUCACCUUGGUGAACCCUGACGGCAGAGACUCAUUCAUUCUUGAGCAAGGCCAUGUUCAAAGGAUCCCUGCAGGAACCACUUUCUUUUUGGUUAACCCUAACGACAACGACAAUCUCAGAAUAAUCAAACUCGCCAUACCCGUUAACAACCCUCACAAAUUUCAAGACUUUUUCCUAUCUAGCACAGAAGCUCAGCAAUCCUACUUGCAAGGGUUCAGCAAGAAUGUUCUAGAGGCCUCCUUCGAUAGUGAGUUCAAGGAGAUAAACAGGGUUCUGUUUGGAGAGGGACAGCAACAACAAGGCGAGGAGAGUCAGGAAGAGGGAGUGAUUGUGGAACUCAAAAGGGAACAAAUUCGCGAACUGCUCAAACAUGCCAAAUCUGGUUCAAGGAAAGCCCUUUCCUCCUCCCAAAAUGAACCACUCAACCUGAGAAACCGCAAACCCAUCUACUCCAACAAAUUUGGAAGGUGGUAUGAGAUCACCCCGGAGAAAAACCCCCAACUCCAGGACUUGGACGUCUUCAUCAGUUCUGUGGAUAUGAAAGAGGGAGGUCUUCUUGUCCCACACUACAAUUCUAAGGCCAUGGUGAUGCUGGUGAUGAACAGAGGAGAAGCAAACAUUGAACUUGUUGGGCAAAACCAAAACCAACAACAACAGAAGCAGCAUCAGCAAGAAGAUGAAGAAGAGGAAAGUUGGGAAGUGCAGAGGUACAGUGCUGAGUUGUCUGAAGACGAUCUAUUUAUAAUCCCAGCAACUUAUCCUGUUGCCAUCAACGCUACCUCCAAUCUGAAUUUCUUUGCUUUCGGUAUCAAUGCUGAGAACAACCAGAGAUACUUCCUUGCAGGUGAGGAAGACAAUGUGAUAAGCGAGAUACCUACAGAGGUGUUGGAUUUAACGUUCCCUGCGUCUGGUGAGAAGGUUGAGAAGCUGAUAAAGAAGCAGAGCGAAUCUUACUUUGUGGAUGCACGGCCUGAUGAAGAACAGAAGGAUAGGAGCAAGGGAAGAAAUGGUCCAUUUGUGUAUUGAAUAAACAUGAAGUAAAAUGUGUGUAUGGUGUAAGAGCUCAUGUAGAGAGAACAUGGAAAUAUGUUUCGGAUCAUGUACCAAUAAAUGAGCUCCACCUCUCACUCCUUGUAUCAAUAAACAAAUGGAGCAUAUAUAAAUGAUGCUUGUGUUUUAUCUUAA